AUGGCCGCCCGCCGGUCUUUGGCCCGUACCAUCCCCGCUCUCCGCUCUUCUCCCCGCACGCCCCUCGUCGCCAGGGCUGCCUCCAGUGCCCGGUCCCUGACCACUACUACGACGCGAAUUGCCCACCUGUCUUCUCAGCAAUCAGUGUCGACUCCCGGAGCCAUGUCUGCCGCUCGGCGCUUGCAUGCCACUGCUAAGCAGCUCACGCCGGCAACCACCUCUGCUGCCACCACCGCUACCGAGUAUCCGACGGACCACCAGCCGAUUGUGAACCCGAUCGAUACGACCAACUUCAUUGACAACGAAUUUGUCACUUCUAAGGCCACCACCUGGAUUGAUCUCCAUGACCCUGCCACAAACAACUUGGUGACCCGGGUGCCUCAAAGCACCGAUGAGGAGCUCCAGGCCGCCGUCAAGUCUGCCGAGAAGGCAUUCCCCGCCUGGCGAGCAACCAGUAUCAUGGCGAAGCAGCAGAUUCUGUUCAAGUUCACCAACCUGAUCCGUGACAACUGGGACCGGCUAGCCGCAUCCAUCACUCUCGAGCAGGGCAAGACCUUCGCUGACGCCAAGGGUGAUGUUCUCCGUGGUCUGCAGGUCGCUGAGACUGCCUGUGGUAUCACCACCCAGAUGCCCGGUGAGGUUCUGGAGGUGGCCAAGGAUAUGGAGACCCGCAGCUACCGUGAGCCUUUGGGUGUUGUCGCUGCCAUUUGCCCCUUUAACUUCCCCGCUAUGAUUCCCCUCUGGUGUAUCCCUAUCGCCACCGUUACUGGUAACUGUUUGGUCAUGAAGCCCUCUGAGCGUGACCCCGGGGCUGCUAUGAUCCUAGCCGAGCUGGCUAAGGAGGCUGGCUUCCCUCCUGGUGUGAUCAACAUCGUUCACGGUUCCGCCCGUACCGUCGACUUCAUCCUCGACGAGCCCGCUAUUAAAGCUAUCAGCUUCGUCGGCAGCAACCGUGCUGGCGAGUAUAUAUAUACCCGCGGCUCUGCCAAUGGCAAGCGUGUCCAGGCCAACCUAGGUGCCAAGAACCACGCCGCCGUCCUGCCCGACUGCAACAAAAAUCACACCCUGAACGCCAUCGUGGGUGCCGCCUUUGGUGCUGCUGGACAGCGCUGCAUGGCUCUCAGCACCACUGUUAUGGUCGGUGAGACCAAGGACUGGCUGCCUGAGAUUGCCGAGCGUGCGAAGGCUCUCAAAGUGAACGGCGGCUUCGAGGAGGGUGCUGAUCUCGGCCCUGUCAUCAGUCCCGAGAGCAAGAAGCGCAUUGAGGACCUCAUCGCUAGCGCUGAGGAGGAGGGUGCUACCAUUCUCCUUGAUGGCCGAGGCUGCAAGCCCGAGAAGUACCCCAACGGCAACUUUAUCGGCCCCACCAUCAUCACCAAUGUCACUCCUGACAUGAAGUGCUACAAGGAGGAGAUCUUCGGGCCCGUCCUCGUCUGCCUGAAUGUCGAGACCCUAGAUGACGCCAUCAACCUCAUCAAUGCCAACGAGUACGGCAACGGCGCCGCCAUUUUCACCCGCUCCGGCUCGACCGCCUCGCGUUUCCAGAAGGACAUCGAGGCCGGCCAGCUGGGUAUCAACGUGCCCAUCCCCGUACCCCUGCCCAUGUUCUCCUUCACCGGUAACAAAAAGAGUAUCGCCGGUGGUGGUGCGAACACCUUCUACGGCAAGCCCGGCUUGCAAUUCUAUACCCAGCAGAAGACCGUGACCAGCUUGUGGAAGGCUGAGGACGCGGUCAGCACCAAGGCGAGUGUCGUGAUGCCCACUCACUCGUAA